AUGCCCACCAAGCCAAAUCCCCACACCGGGAAACUAGUCCCCGAACCCUGCAACCAUCUCGUCUUCGAUCCCUGGCAGUCCGUUUCAACAGGUCACCAGGUUGCAAAUGCUGGUUAUUCGGCUCAUGGUACUACGGGCUGGAGGAAUAUGCGCUCUGCGAAGCUUAGUGAACAGUAUAAAUCUGGUGACUGUAAUUCCAGACAGGGAUAUGGACAUGGACACACCCGGAAAGAGAUAACAAGUCGUUCGAACGUCCAACAGCAGAGUCUAGUCCCAGGUGCCUUUGACGGCCGUGUUCCGAAACGGGCUGUCGUACCCACUCAUACAUCGACUCGACGACAGGCUGGGUUGCUUGGUAUUCGCGGCUUUAUGGGUGUGAGUAAGCGGAAGGCUGGUGAUGAUCAUUAUGGGUCUAAGAGUGUUGAAGAGAAGGUGGAGAAGAAAGUCAAGUACACCGAGAAGGAAAACCAUGCUCAGGUCCAGACUCAAGAUAGGCUUCAGUCUGGAUCAGACUCUAGCUCUACCUCUACCGAGUCCAAUCCCAGUCUCAGUCUUGAUCUCAGUCUUAGUCUUAAGGCCCAGUCGACCAUCUUCGCCGGUCUGACUAUCUACAUCAACGGCUCGACCCUGCCGAGGAUCUCGGAUCAUAAGUUGAAACUGCUGCUUACCUCCCAUGGUGCCAAUUAUACGAUUUACAUGGCGCGGAAGACUGUCACUCAUGUUGUGAUCGGUCAACCGAAUGCUGUGGGGUCUGGUGGUGGAGCUGGUGGUGGGCUUUCUGCGUCGAAGCUUCAACAGGAAAUUGAACGGGGUGGGUGGAAGGGUGUUAAGGUUGUUAGUGUUGACUGGGCUAUCGAGAGUAUAAAAGCUGGUCGCCGACUCGCCGAGUCUCGGUUUCCUGGUAUGCAUGUUGCAGCGAAGGGGCAGCGGAGUGUUGUGGGCAUGUUCGGUGCUCAGACUCGGACUCGGGCUGGGAUAACGAAAUGA